UACAUGCGGAAGCAAAAGCAACGGACGCCGGGAAUGCCACGAAUGCGAAACCGUCAGCCGUCGCGCUUUCUGCUCGUUAAAUCGGUUUGUUUCGUUUAGAUAAAGGCAGCAACGAGGGCCUCGUUUGGUAAAAUGGGCUAGUUCGGGUCUCGUUGCUGUCAACGACGUUUACGUAAUUCUCUUUUCUUCGCGUCUCCACCGGGAAAAUGAAGUAUAGUCCCGGAUCGCUUCAGUUGCUCGCCGCAUCCUUCGCGCAUUCGAUCAUCUGCCAACCCAAUGCAUCCCUUCAGUUCACUUCGAUCCCAGUUUACAGAUACUGACAUGGACUAUGAGAGGCCUAAUGUGGAGACCAUUAAAUGUGUGGUGGUAGGGGACAAUGCUGUGGGCAAAACCCGGCUGAUCUGUGCCCGAGCAUGUAAUGCCACCCUGACGCAGUACCAGCUACUCGCCACACACGUGCCCACUGUCUGGGCCAUCGACCAGUACAGAGUCUGCCAAGAGGUUUUGGAGCGAUCUAGAGAUGUAGUGGAUGAUGUAAGCGUGUCUCUACGAUUAUGGGACACCUUUGGAGACCAUCAUAAAGACCGUCGUUUCGCAUAUGGGAGGUCGGACGUGGUGGUCUUGUGCUUCUCCAUCGCCAACCCAAAUUCUCUGUCUCACGUGAAGACCAUGUGGUACCCGGAGAUCAAGCACUUCUGCCCUCGGGCUCCGGUCAUUCUGGUGGGCUGUCAGUUAGACCUGCGUUACGCUGAUCUGGAGGCUGUUAAUAGAGCCCGGAGACCCCUUGCAAGACCCAUCAAAGCGAACGAGAUUCUUCCUCCUGAAAAAGGUCGGGAGGUGGCUAAAGAACUGGGUGUGCCGUACUACGAGACCAGCGUGGUGGCUCAGUUCGGAGUAAAGGACGUGUUUGACAGCGCCAUCCGCGCUGCUCUCAUCUCACGCCGCCACCUGCAGUUCUGGAAGUCCCAUUUGCGGGACGUCCAGCGGCCGUUCCUGCAGGCGCCCUUCCUCCCCCCUAAACCUCCUCCUCCCGUCAUAACCAUCCCAGCUCCCCCGUCCACCACAGAGGAACACCCGGGGCGGCUUCUGGAGGAACCCCUGUGUGCCGAUGUGCUUCUGGUUCUCCAGGAGCACCAGAAAAUCUUUGCUCACAAAGUCUACCUCGCCACAGCGUCCUCCAAAUUCUAUGAUCUUUUCCUCCAGAAUAUAAAGGCCGAGUCAGACGGUAGGCAACGAGAGCCGCCCGCUCGGGCUGCCAGCUUCGACAUGUGCGAGAGCAGCGAUGAAGAUGGCAAGGCCAACCUGAGGGCCUGCAUCAGCGAUGGCACCCUGGUUGGCGGAGGAACAGACUCGGGCGGGACGAGUGGUCGCGGGGGACAGCUUUUGUCUUCAUUGGGUAGAGCUUUCGUAAGCACCGGGAGGGAAACCGUGAAAGAUCCCGCUACGUUAAUCUGGCGGCCGAUGACGGUGGUGCAUAUGGACCCUUCUGUGCUGUAUGAGCCGUUUCGUGUGGUGUUGGGUUAUCUCUACACGGGACAGUUGGACGAGCAUGAGAAAGAUUUGAUGCACAUCGCUCAUAUUGCCGAGCUGCUGGAGGUGUUUGACCUGCGCAUGAUGGUCGCCAACAUCCUCAACAAUGAGGCUUUCAUGAACCAAGAGAUCACGAAGGCUUUCCAUGUGCGACGGACCAAUCGCGUAAAGGAAUGUCUGGCUAAAGGAACGUUCUCAGAUGUAGUUUUUAAACUGGAUGACGGCACGGUCGAGGCCCACAAGCCCCUCCUCAUCUCCAGCUGUGAUUGGAUGGCAGCCAUGUUUGGUGGGCCGUUUGUCGAAAGCUGCACUAAAGAGGUGUUGUUUCCGAACACAACUCGCAGUAGUAUGCAGGCUGUGCUGGAAUAUCUCUACACGGGACGCUUCUGUUCCAGACCUGACCUGGACGCCAUGGAGCUCAUUAUUCUAGCCAAUCGCCUUUGCCUGCCUCACCUGGUCGCCGUUACAGAGCUCCACACUGUGUCUGUCCUGUCGGAGGCGGCUGCCAUGGGUACAGACAUCGAUGGAGAUGUGCUGGUAUAUCUGGAGAUGGCUGAGUUUCACUGUGCCGACCAGCUCACCGAUUGGUGCCUUCACCACAUCUGCACCAACUACAACAACGUGUGCCGCAAAUUCCCCCGAGACAUGAGAGCCAAAUCUGCAGAAAACCAGGAGUAUUUCGAGAAGCACCGCUGGCCUCCAGUUUGGUACCUGAAAGAGGACGACCAUUACCAAAGAGCACGGAAGGAACGAGAAAAGGAGGACUUCUUGUCCCAGAAGCGGCAGGGCAAACGGAAAUGGGUCCUCUGGAAUCUUCCUCCCGCUCCAUCAAACCCCUCGUCCUCUUCCUCAGGCUCCUCUGCUAUAGUCUGAAGAUUUGGAGAUGAACACAUCCACCAGAUCCUGGAGCUUCUUCAACACGGUGGAAUAGCUGGUCCCAGAUCAGAGCAUGUUAUCAAUGCGGCUUUGAUGUUCUUGGUGCUUCAAGUCCUGUAUGUGGACGAGCGUGACAAACCACACGGGUGCCAAAACGGGCCUGGAGUUUGAUGUAAAAUGUUUACGGACUGCCGGUAUAUAGUCUUGUGUAGAUACUUGUGGAGUCUUCAUGAAGUGCAGUCAUGGUUUGCAGGACCUAAGCAUCUCAUCUCUAAAAACUGAAGUAUUUUAUUUUAUAAUUAGUCAUGUGGUUUUCAACUGGUUUUGAUUAAAUUCUGGUUAUGGGAACACAAAAGCCACUUUGGAUAAAGGCGUAAAAAUGUUUAGUAGUUUUUUUUUCGUGUUCCUAAAACUUCCUAAAUCACGAUACAUUUAUUCGAGAGGCAAAAUUGCUUUUUUUAAAGCAUCAAAUACGUUUAUGUUAAAGACGAGAAAAAAUCUGCCAAUGGGGUAAGAAAAAUACACCUGCUUAUAUUUACUGAAUUAAAUUGAAAUGAAAUGAUUCAUCUUUUUUUAUUUAGAAAAUCUAAUUUUGCUUCUCAAGUAAACAUAUCUUGACGUAUGAAUUUUUUUAUAUUGGUACUGGAAAACAAAUACAAAAAGAAAUCUAUUUUUUUGCUGUGCUCUCCAUCAAUAUUGACAGUUGACAGUCUAAAAUGAACAAUUAUUUAGUAGCAUUUCGAUAUGUUUUUAUGUUUUUUGCCCUUGCUGUCUAUGAAAAAUGUGCAACUUACCAGUUGAGAACCUCUGAUCCAUCUUGCUUUUUUAAAACCGUUUUGCCUCAAACAUUUAAGAACGAACCGUGGAACUCACUUAAACCUCUUUGUGGUUCAAGAUUGCAGUCGCUCCGGUUACGAAAGUAUACCUUGUUUAUACAUAUAGCUGUGCAUUUUGAUCCAGUAACAUUGUAAUAUCUUCAUAUUUAGCAUUGUUACAAUGAUUGAUUCAUCUCCUGAAUCAUAUACUAUUCUUCUGAUUACAACAGGCAUGACCACCAUGUGAUCACUAGAUGCUACUCUUUAAAUGACAUUUAACUGUGUGUGUUAUCUGUUGUGUUUAGUCCUCUUCGACUUCAUGGCAUGGCAGGACUCUGCUGGAGGAGUUUGAGUUUCUCUCUAGAUGAGUGAACGAAUGGUAAUAUGUUUACACAUUUGUUUCUUUGAUUCACUGGAUGCAUUCCAUGUGAUUAUGUUUCUUAAAUUUCUUUUGUGGAAUCUAAACGUGACUGUGACUGAUCUUGGGCUAAUCCUAUAUGUCGUCUGUCAAUACUGUUGUAUUUGUAUCAGAGAUGUGAUUCUUUAGUCUUGAUAUGUCAAUCGCUGUGGUUCUGUAAAGCAAAAAUGUAUAUCUAAUGAAAUUUCAUAUCCGAAUUGACAGAAUGAAUAAUAUAAUGACAUUUUUCUUUCCUUUAGUCAAGUUUUGAUUGUAUCGAAGUCGUUCAUUUAAUCUUUCAAACUAAAUCUGACAGCAUGAUUCAGAAUCUGGGUUAUUUCUUUAAUUCGUUCAAAAAUGAGACAUGACACAACAUCACAAUAGUAUGUGCAAUUUGACUGUUUUUUUCUAUACGUAUAGCAGGUUAAACGCUGUAAUAUUUUUACAAACAUUCUCUCUAAGAAUUUGUUACAAACCAAUAAAAAUAAGGCCUUAGCCACAAAUAAUUAUUCCAGAAAUAUCCGACUCUGUCCCAUUAUUUUCAAAACAAGUCAAAACAUUCAAAUAAACAUUCAAAAGAGAGAAGCGUGUACCGUAGUGUCUGGAUAUGUUGAAGUUGCUGGAAUUUAUUAUUAUAUAAAUUUAAGAGCAUUUUUCAGUCUGAAGAAAACAAGGCUGCUAAAUACAGCUACAGAAAAAUUAAGAGACCAUUUCAAAAUCUGUUUUUCUGAUUUUAAAAUGUACUAUUUAUAGGUAUGUGCUUAGGUAAAAUGAUUCUUUUUGUUUCAUUCUGUGAACUAACAAUUUUUCUU